CCAGGCUGGAGGACCGGGGCGCCCGUGGGGGCGACUUGAGGGUGGCAGCAAUGGGCCGGGUGGGUGAGUCGGGGGCCACCCGGCAGAGGCUCGGGGAAGGCCACACACAUCACGGCAGGCUGUGGAAAACUUCCUACGUGUAGCAUAGAUUUCAUGGCACGUGCCACAGGCCAGAAAGCAGCAUCGAAGAUGGGAGGUGUGAUCAGCCCGGUGUACUUUUAAAAGAAUACGUGUUUAACAGCUUGCAUUUUGGAGGUGUUUGCGCCUUGAGUAGCAGUCUCUGUGCUGCUGCGCUGCAGCUUAAUUUAAAGAGCGAUUUCCUGAAAACAGGUUAACGGGAUGAACAAUGCCUGAUAAUUUCAUUGGAAAAUAACUUUAUUUUAAUGUCUUAGUCAUACCUUAACAUACCACAGCAUGCCAUACCAUCAGCUAUAUCACAGUUUUUGGUCUCAUAGCAUGACAUUGUCUCCUUUCUAGCACUUGUGGUUAUCAUCUGUUGGCUGAAGUGUCAGAACUGCUGCCCGUAUCCUAAAAGUUGAAAAUAAAUACUGCCCACCAGAAGGACAGCUCUUGUUGCAAAACACUCUCUUUUAGUUAGCUGGGUAGAGCAACUGCUGUUUGUGAAAAGAGUAAUAGAGUCCUUUUUACCCAUAGAUAGCCUCUGGGGAAAUCCCUUAGUCAUGAAUUAGGUGAGUAGCAGAGUAUUUCGAAAACAGCAUGAGGUGUUUAGAAAUGGAGUAGAGGUAAUGAAGUCUUGAGUUAGAGAAAUGCAGAGUAUAAAAAGGGUUCAGUCAUUCAUUUGUUGGUUGCAGGACAUUAAAUAUGCUUGUCUCAGCUCUUGUCUGUCCAGGCCCACAAAUGGCUGGCACGUUUUAUAACAGAGCUUAAUUGCAUGUUAAUGUUACCACUUACUGGCUUUACUUUAAUUACAGGAACUUUUGCCUUCACAUACAGGGUCCACAACCAUAUUCUCAAAAGUAUAUAUAGUAGUGAUGAUGAUGAAGAAGACGUUGAGAUGUAUGAUCAUGAUUAUGAUGGUCUGCUUCCUAAGACUGGAAAACGUCACUUAGGAAAAACCAGAUGGACCCGCGAAGAGGAUGAGAAACUGAAGAAGCUUGUGGAGCAGAAUGGCACAGAAGACUGGAAAGUCAUUGCCAAUUUCCUUCCUAAUCGGACAGAUGUUCAGUGCCAGCACCGAUGGCAGAAGGUACUAAACCCAGAACUUAUUAAAGGUCCGUGGACUAAAGAGGAGGAUCAAAGGGUAAUAGAACUCGUGCAGAAAUACGGUCCAAAGCGCUGGUCUGUCAUUGCUAAGCAUUUGAAGGGAAGGAUUGGAAAACAGUGCAGGGAGAGGUGGCACAACCAUUUGAAUCCAGAAGUGAAGAAAACCUCCUGGACAGAAGAGGAAGAUAGAAUUAUUUACCAGGCACACAAGAGACUGGGAAACAGAUGGGCAGAAAUUGCAAAGUUGCUGCCUGGACGAACUGAUAAUGCUAUCAAGAACCACUGGAAUUCCACCAUGCGCCGAAAGGUUGAGCAGGAGGGCUACCUGCAGGAGUCCUCCAAAGCCUGUCACUCCUCAGCAGCCGCUGGCUUUCAGAAGAGCAACCACUUGAUGGCCUUUGCUCACAACCCACCUUCUGCACAGCUACCGGUAGCCGGCCAGCCCCCGCUGAGCAGUGACUACCCCUACUACCACAUCUCUGAGCCACAAAACGUCCCUGGUCAGAUCCCAUAUCCAGUAGCACUGCAUGUAAAUAUUGUCAAUGUUCCUCAGCCAGCUGCUGCAGCUAUUCAGAGACACUAUAAUGAUGAAGACCCUGAGAAAGAAAAACGAAUAAAGGAAUUAGAGUUGCUACUAAUGUCGACUGAGAAUGAACUGAAAGGGCAGCAGGCAUUACCAACACAGAACCACACAUCAAACUACCCCGGCUGGCACAGCACCACAAUUGCUGACAGUACCAGGACCAGUGGUGACAAUGCACCUGUUUCCUGUUUGGGGGAACAUCACCACUGUACUCCAUCUCCACCGGUGGAUCACGGUUGCUUACCUGAGGAAAGUGCAUCCCCUGCACGGUGCAUGAUUGUUCACCAGAGCAACAUCCUGGAUAAUGUUAAGAAUCUCUUAGAAUUUGCAGAAACACUCCAGUUAAUAGACUCCUUCUUAAACACCUCAUCCAGUCACGAAAACCUGAACCUGGACAACCCUGCGCUAACUUCCACGCCAGUGUGUGGCCAUAAGAUGGCUGUUACCACGCCUUUCCACAGGGACCAGACUUUCAAAGCUCAGAAGGAAAAUCACGUUUUCAGAACUCCAGCAAUCAAGAGGUCGAUAUUAGAGAGCUCUCCAAGAACACCCACUCCAUUCAAAAACGCACUUGCAGCUCAGGAAAUCAAAUAUGGUCCUUUGAAGAUGCUGCCUCAAACUCCGACUCAUCUUGUAGAAGAUCUGCAGGACGUUAUCAAGCAGGAGUCGGAGGAAUCUGCAAUAGUGGCUGGGCUACAUGAAAGUGGACCCCCUUUGCUGAAGAAAAUCAAACAAGAGGUGGAGUCUCCAACAGAUAAAGCUGGAAAUUUUUUUUGCUCGAAUCACUGGGAAGGAGAAAACCUGAACACUCAGCUCUUUACACAUACGUCUGCUACGGAAGAUGUGCCAAAUCUUCUUACCAGCUCCAUUUUAAAGAUGCCUGUGUCUGAAGAGGAUGGUGGUUUUCACAAAACUUUUGCAGUACCUAGGAACAAGCCACUAGCUAGUCCUCUGCAGCAUCUGAACAACGCCUGGGAGUCAGCGUCCUGCGGGAAGAUCGAGGAUCAGAUGGCCCUGACGGAUCAGGCGCGCAAGUACAUGGCCGCCUUCCCCACCCGGACUCUGGUGAUGUGAAAGGGUCAACGGACAGAGAAGCAUUAUGGUUUUGAGAACACUUCACCUCCGCUGGGAAAUUCCUGUUCCUCAGCAUGAAAACUUUUCAUGAAUGGGAGAAGAGCCUAUCUUUGUUGUGGUACAACAGUUGGGAGCAGCACAAAGUGCAUUUAGUCACUCAGCAUAUAUAUUCUUGUUGGAUUUCACCCAACUUAAGAGGGUUUUUUUUUUUUUUUUGAACAGAUGAUACUUGCCUAAAUUAUUAGGUAUUAAGUUUGAAUCAGUAAUUAAUGAUCUUAAGUGCAGACUUAAAAUAAAGGUAAUUUUUUUGUACUUCUUGAGAUCAAGCCGACCUAAUACACCAGUAUUGUUAUUUCAGUGAUGUGUUAGCCAGGGGCGGGGUUUUGUUUGUUUCUUUUUUUUAUUUUUUUUAUAAUAAAAGAGCAGGUACUCAAACAGAUAUAUUUUAAAUCACUGAACAAAAUGCAUUGGUGUAAAAUACUGAAGUGAAAAGCAUUACUACAAACGUUAGUCUGUGCAAGGGGGGAAAACUGAUCAAGAUUGUGAAUGCUCAAACACCCAUGCCUCUUGAAAUACUCUUUCAUUCUGUUAUGGUUCUAGGCCAUUAUACAUUGUGUGUUUCUGUUUGGGGGGGGGUAAUUAGCUUGCUUUAAAAAAUAUUACUGUAUGAAACAUAGAUUUAUGAGAAAAAUUAUAUUUUUAUUCAGUAAUUUAAUUUUGUAAAUGCCAAAUGAAUACUGUGUUUUGCUGCUACAGACCUUAGCGUGUAGACAUGCUGCUAGUGUAAAAGGAGCAGUAGAGCUUUAUAUGGAAAGAAAAGAAAUGUUGAUGUUAGCUAAUUGACUAUGCACUAGCAUUUCAGACCUUUUUAUUUUAAUUUUUUUACAUCAUUUAUAUUUUCCCCCCUUUUUUAUAAGCAAUAUUUUUGAACACUGUUCCUGGGAGAUUUCUUUUUUUGUCUGGAUGUGUUGUUUUGUUUCUCAUUGGUUUGUAACAGCAUGCAUUGCACCUUCAUAUGUUUGGGAGAACACUGUCUUGUUCAUGUUGUCUGUUUUGUUCCAUGUCUAGCUAAUUGUUCCCUAAUUUGGGUCUUGUGUACUGAAUCAGGUUCUUAGAAAUAUAUGGUUCUUCGUACUGCCAUACCAAAUCUUUAUCGAUAUGGCAAAACACUGAUUUUAUUUUAUUUUUUUAUUGGUUUUUUUUUUUUAUAACAGCCUCUGACUUUGCUGCCUUAAUAGCAUUUAGUGCAGCUUCAUCUGCACUUAAUUUUUUAUACGACAAUGUACUGCCUUGUAGAUAAAUAAAGUGUGUCCUUUUUAUACUUAAA